AUGGUUAGUUGGGCCCGCCCAGUGGAGGAGCACAUAUGUUCGGCCCAGCCCAAGCUCCAGACGGAGAACUAUCCGCCCGCAUCUCGAGGAAAUCAUAAUAAUAUCCAGGAGUGGUGUGGUAUCCGGAUCGGACGGCUGGCGAUGGAAAAGCCAAUGAAAAAUAUCGGGGAGGGCGGUCCACGUGGAUCUAUCCUGAUCUGCGCUUUUGCUCUUUAUUCCAAUUCCCCCCACUAUUAAAUCCAGUUUCCAGCGCAGCACGGCCCCCACCCGAAAUAUCUCUCCUCCUCCUCUUCGUCUUCCUCCUCCCUACCUUGCCUCCUCCGGCCGCCGGCCGCCGCCCUCCAAUCGACCCCUUCAUGGGUUGAUUUGGGCCUCCAGUUGCACUGAGAGCUCGCUCACACUACAGAUAGGCAGCAAUCGAUUCGAUUAUUCAAAUAAUCGAAUCGAAUCGAAUCGAAUCGAUCGGGGAUGGGCGAGGAGGCGGUGGACGACUACGACCUGCACCUGCUGGGCGGCGGCGAUGACGAGCGGGUGAUGGAGUGGGAGACGGGCCUCCCCGGCGCCGACGAGCUGACCCCGCUUUCCCAGCCGCUGGUCCCGCCGGGCCUCGCCGCCGCCUUCCGCAUCCCGCCGGAGCCCGGGCGGACGCUGCUUGACGUGCACCGCGCGUCGGCGGCCACGGUGUCGCGGCUGCGGCGCGCGUCGGCGGGGUCGGGGUCCUUCCAGCCCUUCCUCGCGCAGCACCAGCAGCAGCAGCAUCCAGCAGCAGCGGCAGCAGAGGCGGCGGACUCGUCGGCAGCGACGAACUCGUCGAAGCGCCCCCGGCUGGUGUGGACGCCGCAGCUGCACAAGCGGUUCGUGGACGUGGUGGCGCACCUGGGGAUCAAGAACGCGGUGCCCAAGACGAUCAUGCAGCUGAUGAACGUGGAGGGGCUGACCCGGGAGAACGUGGCGAGCCACCUCCAGAAGUACCGGCUGUACGUGAAGCGGAUGCAGGGGCUCUCCAACGAGGGGCCCUCCCCCUCGGACCACAUCUUCGCCUCCACGCCCGUGCCGCACAGCCUCGUCCACGAGCCGCAGGCGCAGGUGCCGGCGCCGCCCAUGUACCACCACUCCAUCCCCAUGCCCAUGGGGGUCGCCGCCGGCGGCAUGGUGCCCACCAACAACAGCGGCGCAGGAUACGGAUACGGAUACGGGUACGGGUACCACCACCAGCAGCAGCAGCAGGAGGCGUACCACCACCACCACCACCACCACCACCACCGCGCCGGCGACAAAUAGCGCCCAACUCCUGCUAUUGCUAUUGCUAUUGCUAUUGCUAUUGCUGCUGGUACCCUUUCCUAAUCAAUCAAUCAUUCAAUAAGAGGAGAAGAGAGGAGAGGAGAGAUUUACAGCACCAGCAGAAUGAGAUCUGCUGCCGCUGCUGCUGGACAAUAGGAGAAUUGCAUUGGAUUAAGCGUGCGUGCCUAUCCUGAUACGAACGAACCAACCAACCAACCAACCAAGUGUAUAAGUGACUUUGGCUGUGUAUUAGCUUGCCACAGAUUAAUAAACGCUUGUGUGUGUGUGUGUGUUACAGCCAAA